UAAUUACAUUAGUAUAUUUUUCUUUCAGAUAAGUUGGCAGAGGAAUACAAUUCAUCGAAUACUCUGAAUGUGAAAGCUGUGUCUGAGACCCCUGCAGUGCCCUCGGUGUCUGAAGAUGAAGAUGAUGAAGAUGAUGCAGCUCCACCCCCUGUGAUAGCUCCACGACCUGAACACACCAAAUCUAUAUACACCCGCUCUGUGAUAGACCCCCUUCCUCCUCCUACCAGAGAUGUGGCCACCUCUCCUAUUUCUUCUCCCUCGGAAAACAGCACAGCAACACCCGACAUGCUGAUCAGGAAUGCGGAGAAACAAAAGAAAAAGCCAAAAAUGUCAGAUGAAGAGAUUUUGGAAAAAUUAAGAAGCAUCGUGAGUGUGGGUGAUCCAAAAAAGAAGUACACGCGUUUUGAGAAGAUUGGACAAGGGGCCUCAGGUACAGUUUACACAGCAAUGGAUGUAGCUACAGGACAGGAGGUUGCAAUCAAGCAGAUGAAUUUGCAGCAGCAGCCCAAAAAGGAAUUGAUUAUCAAUGAAAUCCUCGUAAUGAGGGAAAACAAAAACCCCAACAUUGUCAACUACUUGGACAGUUACCUUGUAGGAGAAGAGCUCUGGGUAGUCAUGGAGUACUUGGCAGGAGGCUCCCUAACAGAUGUUGUCACAGAGACCUGCAUGGACGAAGGACAGAUUGCAGCUGUGUGCCGAGAGGUAAAGCUGUGCUCGCCCUGAGUGAGCUGUGAGGGG